GGGGGCUUCCCCGCCCCCAAGCUGCCGCUCCUUGACAUCGUGUCCCAUCUCCCUGCCCUGGGCGCACGGAUCUAGGGGGCCGACCCCCCAGCACACUGCUGGCCAGAUAGACGGACAGAGCCUGGGACAGGACAGUCCUGCAGCCACAGACCAGUCGGGCCCGGGAAGACCUCACAGAGAGCUGCCCAGGGCAGCAGCCAGGCCGUCCCCCCUUUGCACCUCCCGAGCCCUGAAGAUGACACUGCUGGCCUCAGAGCGCUCCCUGCUGAUCCGGAGCAAGUUCCGGUCUGUCCUGCAGCUGAGGAUGCAACAUCGCCGGUCCCAAGAGCAGCUCUCAGAGCAGCACGUGCGCCCAGAUGUGGACAAGACCCCCCUGAAUCACACGGAGCUGAGUGGGACCCCAGAGCAGAGCCGGGUGAAUGCAAAGAGAGGGGAAGGGGCACAGCAGCUGCAGGGCAGCCUGAGUAAUGCAGCUGACAGGACCCUGAAGCCACGAGGCCAGCCCAGACCCCACAACACUGGAACUGCCAAAGGUCACUUCAGAGAAGACACCCCCAGAGCCCUGCUGGAGAUCAGGAACAGGACGGGCAAACACCCGCGCUGUGUGGCACCACUGGACCUGCCCCUGCCAGAGCCUGAGCCCUGCCCCACAGAUCCGGGCUCUGCUGCCCCAGAGGCCUUCCCCUUUGAUGAAGACUUCAGCAGCUCAUCAUCCUUGUCUUCCCCCAGCCUCACCCCUUCCCCCACCAGGACCUCAGGCAACUCCUCCCCAUCCUCUUCCACAGGAGCAGCUUUCCAGCCAGAGCUGCCCUCGGUCCUGGACCUCCAGCAGCCCACGGUGGUGUCAGCUUCAGAGGCUGAUGCCCAGACUCCUGGGGGCAGCCCUCUGGGCCAGAAUCCCUCUGCGCUUCCCAAGGUGCCACCCCGGCCCUCUGAGGCAUCACGGGCCACCCGCCCGCGAAAGGCAAAGGAGCCACGGCCUAAGGUGAAGAAACUUAAGUACCACCAGUAUGUGCCGCCCGCAGCCAAGCCUGCCCGGGCACCCACCUUGGACACUGCCUGUGCCCGCCUGCUUCAGCACCAGCAACUUGUGUUGCAGCUCCAGGUCCUGCACCAGCGACAGGGGAGUACCUCCCCAGGGCCCCCCACAAUGGGCCUGCCACUGGGCACCAGCCUCUCCACAGAUCAAAUGGUUGGUUUCCCAGCCACACCAUCAGGCACAAUGCCUCCCACUGUUGUCCCAGUGCCUCCCAUCCCAGCCACACCCCCCAAGUCUGACCUGCUUCCAGCCAACUUGGAUGACCUGACGGUGUCAGAGCUCCGCCAGCAGCUGCGCCAGCGGGGGCUGCCCGUGUCAGGCACAAAGCCGGCACUGCUGGAGCGCUUGCGGCCAUUCCAGGUGCGAGGGCCACAGGGGGGCGCGGUGGUGCCCCCGGCUGAGCGGGCACUGCAGGAAAAGCAACGGCUCAUUGAGUCCCUGCGCCGUGAGCUGUGCCGGGAACAGCAACAAGCAGAUGACCUGCGCCAGGAGCUAGAGCGGCACCAGCGCCUCCGGGGCACCUGCCCCUCAGCCCUGUCCGGAUCUCCACCCCACCCCUGCCCCCUGCCAGGGGAUGCUGGUACUGAGACUGAGACUGGGAUGGUGCCCACUGGGGAUGCCUUUGUGGUUUUCUGCCCCCCAUCAUGCGAGCCCAUUGGCCCUGACCCUGAGCUGCCCCUGCAGAUCACAGCCAGCCCUGCCAGACCCCCACCAGCACCCCGCUCCUUAGAGGAGGAGCUGCAGGAAGCCAUCCAGAGAGCCCAGCUGGUGCCAAGCGAGUCGAUUGAGGACAUCCUCGAGGAGCCCCUGGUGUGUGCAGGUGACCUGUUGCCGGCAUCACCCCCUCUAUCAGAUGCCCCCACCCCAGCACCCCCAUCGCCACGGCGGGCCUCCUCACCCACCAGCUUACAGGAGGCAUUGCCUGCCAAGCGGCCACGUUGCAGCAGCAGUGGGAGUGAGGCCUGCACACCCACAGCUGCCAUCUUGGAUUUCCCCGGCCACUAUGACUUCCUCACUCCAUCUUCCUCCUCGUCAUCAUCCCCAUCCUCGUCCCAGGACUCCCUGUGUGGGGUCUUCUCCCCUGAGCCCCUGGAGAUGCCCCCGUCACCCGAAGCUGGGCGGGGGACCGGGCCUCGGCCACCCUUUGACCCUGUAGAUUGGCUUGAGGCCUUGACGUCUGGCUCAGCCUCAGACCUGGGCCCCAGCAGCCCUAUCAGAGCCAGCAUCUUCUCCACUGACUUCUUUGACUCCCCUGACUUGAGUGUUAACCACAUGAUUGACCUCAUGGUGGAGCAGUGGUAAGAACCACGGGACCACCAUGCCCACCCCUUGCUCGCCCUAGCUGUUUUUGCCAGGCCCAGCCAGGGGGACAAUCUCCCUGCACUGGGAAGGGGCUGCUCCUGCCACCAUUGCUGUGGACAUUAGCCAGGGUCACACCAAUUCCAGACACCAUCUUGGACGGGGGAAGCCAUCAGUUGCAGUGAUGCCAAUUCUGGACACCAUCGUGAAUGCCUGAGCCAGUUAUUUUGGGUCUUGCCAACUCUAGAUGCCAUCUUGGAUGGUGGGAACCCAUUGGUCAGGGUUAUGUUAAUUCCAGCUGCCAACUUUGAUGCAGGAAGCUAUUAUUUUUUAUCUGAAUACUAGAUGCUAUCUUGGAUGGGAAAAGCCACUUUGGAAUUAUAUCAACUCCAGCUACUAUCUGGGAUGGAGAACCUAUUGGUCAGGGUGACAUCAAUUCGCAAACCCACUUUGGAUGGAGUAACCUCGUUCCGUGUCAUGACAAGUCCAGCCACGUGAGAUGGGGGAUCCUAUUGUUUUGGAUGAUGCCAGCUGCACAUGCCACAUUGAAAUGGGGAUGGCAUUGUUCUGGGACUGACAAUGACUUCAGACCCCAUCCAGAUGGCAGCCCACUGUUUUGGGGUAAUGUCAACUCCAGCCACCAUUUUGCAUGGAUCAAAUCAUAUUUUGGAGUUGCAUCAACUGCAGAUGGUAUCUUUAAUAGAACAAACCACUGCUCAAGGGGAAUGUCAGCACCAGGCCCUUUUUCAGAUGGAAUACAUCCUUGCAUGGGGUAAUGACAAAUUUGGCCAUUAUCUCAGACAGGUCAAAUAGCUUUUCAUGGUGACUGCAACCCCACAUGCCAUUUUGAAUAUGUUAAACCUUUGUUUUGGGUGAUGCCAACCUCUGCUACCACGUUGGCUGAAUCAGACUAUAGGUAUUAUAGCUCUCAGUGCCAUCUAGAUGUGCCCAAUCAUUGGUGUUUGCGAGACAUUAAUUUCAGGUGCCAUCCUACUGGGGAUAAGCCAUUUAAUUGGACCUAAUACUCCAUAUGAGAACAGGAUGGGAGAGGAGACGCUAACUGUGAAAUGCCAUUUUAUUUGGGCCAUACCCGCUCUGACAUGCACUACGCAGGAAAAAGGAGAUGCUAACAAUGGAAGCCAUUUUGGAUGCACCAUACCAUCUUUGGACAUUAUUAGAUAUGGAGACGCCAGCUCUAGACUUCAUCAUGGAUGGGCUGUACUGUCAUGGACCUAGUUUUGUCAGGGGAGGGAGGUGCUCACCCUAGGAGCCAUCUUGGAUAAGAUGCACCAUUCUUUGAGCUAAUAUGGGGAUGAGGAUGUGCUUGCUGCAGGUGCCAUUUUGGUUAGACGCUACCAUCUUUUGGUCUGCUGUAGGCAGCCUGACUCCCUCUGUCUUGUUAUUAGCCCUUUGAACACUAUGCCCUUUUCCCAACUAGCUUCCCACUGGCCCCUAGGUUCCCCCCUUCCUCUUGUGGGCAAGACUCCCCAUACCAAAUCAAACCACUCCACCCUUUGAACCUCUCUCUCCUUGUUAAACUUGCCCUGCCCCCAGUGAUCCCACCCAUACCCUUUCUAGGGAGUCACACAUAUCUCUCCCAGGACCCCCUGCCUCUGCCCCCCUGCCCCAUAUAAUGUUCAGUCACUCCUCCAGUGGUAUGUGUAUUGCCAGAUCACAUGCCCCUCAUGGCACUGUUGAGGGAAAGCUUGCAGCUGCACUGGGGCACUACUGUAGUGAAGCUCACAAAAGCAAACCUGGAACCCUCUUGACAGCCCCAGACUGGGGACCACCUCCAGGCAGCAGAGUCCUGUGCUAGGGGUUGGGGGAGGGGAGGGGGGAACGACGACAGUUCCCUAAGGUAGCUGAUCUGGAGGGGGUAGCCAUGAGGUGUAUGUUUGGCAGCAGCUUCCAGUAGCCAAAGGUUACUGAAAAAUUUGGACCGAAUUGGUUUUUAUAGUCAGUGAGAAGAUUCCGGACCCUGCAGGGGGGGAAGCUCACAGCCUGCGCCAGGGCACUCUCAUAGGGAAGCUCACAGUCAGAGAGCUCAGCCCUUGUCCAUAUCCUGCAGCCUCCCCACACAGAGGGAGGCUCCCCUCCUGAGCGCUAGUCAAUACUGGGCCCCAGAACAGCUGUUUAUGAGUCUUCCAUCCAAAUCAAGCUGGGGGACCCCUCUCACUCCCCAUCAUGUCAGGGAGGCCAUUCCCCUGCACCCCAUACUGGGGGCCCUGUGGGGCAGGGCAGGGCAGGGCAGGGAAUUAGGCUGCCCCACCUCCCUAACCCUGCUGUCCCACCCAAUAAAGUGUCUUCUCACUGCAUGGGCU